ACGCAAAUCAGCACUGUAAACUAGUACUCUUUAGCGGGAGAGCCACUGUGAUUCUCCGCUUAAUUACACUCAACCAACCAUGGGCAGCAAGCGAAUUGAUCUGGGGCGGCUGGGGCUUGGCUGCAACGUCAUAUUACGGGAGUUUGGCGGGCGCAGCAUCGCCAGCCACAGUGAUCGGCAACAAUGCUAGCCUGCGAAUAUUACUCCCCUCUUACUCGGUCGGCGCUUGGCAUGGAUGCUCGCUCUUCUUCGCGGUUCACGGGGAGCGGGCGGCCGAUGCCGGCUGAAUUUGAGCGUGGUAACGCGAGAGGGGGGGUUUUCUCUGGCCGCAUGAAUUACAUCAUUAUUUCCAGACACGGCGCGAUUCAGAUCCCUCCCGCGAUCGCUUGGCUCUGUGCUGCGGCUGCCGUGAAAUCGUAUGCCUAGCGAUGACUGACGCGUGCUGUUGAACAUGGCCAUGACACUCUCUGGAUAGGCCCAAUGGCCCUUGACUGGGGUUGAUGCUGCUCUACGGCUACACGGCUGUGUUUACAUGCCAUUCACGCCUUCGGCCCAUCGGCGGCCGCCGCUUUCAAUAUCUAGUGUUGAGCCACGGGUCGGAAGAAACGGACGGCAGCGGCCCUGUCUCAUUUUUUCGCGCCAUAUUCUGGACAAAGUUUACCGAGAUUCACUAGCCAGUUUAGUUUACACAAAGAGAAGCUGUCAAAGUUUGAGACUAAAAGCUGCAGAAUCUUUGCUGGAUUGAGGCUCUUCGUCUCCCUGUAGAUCUAUGGGUCCUAGUGUACACAAAGCUUAAGCGUAUGCACAAGCCGAGUCUAGCGACGCUCGUAGCGCCCUUAGGAAUGCAGUCGUGCGAUUGUCUGGUCGGAUGGAGAAAAAAAAAGGCUGAAUAUUAAAGUCCACGUCGCCGCUGUAUCCUCUCCAUGUUGCAUCCGCCAAUACAACACCCCGCUGCCCUGCGCCUGUUACGAGCCCGCAACAAGCGACAGCACGCGGACACGCACAUAAUUGUCUGUCCUUUGCCGUUUGCUUUUUCUCCAGCUUCACCUCGCCCUGUCAAUUAACAUUUCCCCCCCGAAUCGCAACCAUGGAGAAGGAAUUGAAGCGCGAAUCGUCCACCCAGCCCGGUGUUGUCACUGAGGAGACGGUGCUACACCGUGUCGAACAUGACGAAGUCUUUGGUGAGAUUAAGGAAGGUGGCCCAGAUUACCGCAGCGUUGGAUGGAUCGGAACGGCUGGAUUGAUGAUCAAGACACAGAUCGGUCUCGGCGUCCUCUCGUUUCCCUCAGUAUUCGACACUCUCGGCUUGAUCCCCGGCGUUAUUCUGCUCUGUGUCAUUGCAGGCAUCACAACCUGGUCGAAUUACAUUGUGGGCACAUUUAAGCUCAACCACAGACAUGUAUACGGCGUGGAUGAUGUUGGCCAGAUGCUCUUUGGGCGCAUUGGCAAGGAGGUGCUGGCCGUUGCAUUUAUGGGAUUCUACAUCAUGGUGACUGGAUCCGCCAUGCUUAGCAUCUCGAUCGCAUUCAACGCCCUCAGCAACCAUGGCACUUGCACAGCAGGAUUUGUGGCCGUGGCAUUUGUCCUGGUCUUUGGUCUUUCUUGUAUUCGCACUCUCGGCCGUAUUAUGUGGCUAGCCAAGAUAGGCGUCGUAGCAAUCAUUGCCGCUGUCCUCACUGUGACAAUCGCUGUCAGUCUUCAAGAGCGCCCCGCAUUAGCACCACAGACAGGCGAAUGGAAAUCCGACUAUAAGCUAGUGGGCAACCCGACAUUUGCAGAGGCCAUCGCUGCCAUCUCGACGCUCAUCUUUGCCUACGCCGGCACAGGCGCGUUCUUCCCGAUCGUGUCUGAAAUGAGAGACCCAAAACAGUAUCCCCGUGCAUUGGCUGUCUGCCAGACAGUUAUCACUGCCGUUUUUCUCAUCGUUGGUAUCGUGGUCUAUUACUAUUGCGGCUCCUACGUCGCUUCACCGGCACUGGGCUCUGCCGGCGCCAAUAUCAAAAAGGUGGCCUAUGGCAUUGCUCUUCCGGGCCUUCUUGUCAGCGGCGUUCUAUUAGCACAUGUAUGUACGCUCAUUCUUCUUCUGCUUUACAAAGCGCUAACAGUGUCUUAGGUAUCGAGCAAAUAUGUCUUUGUCCGAAUGCUGCGCGGCUCGAAACACCUUACUUCUAAUUCAUUUACACACUGGGCGACUUGGCUUGGCUGUAGUUUCGCGGUCUGUCUUAUCGCAUAUAUCUUUGCUAGUGCAAUUCCCGUCUUCAAUGGCAUCGUAUCGCUGGGCGGCGCUCUCUUUGGCACGCUGCUCUGCUUCCAACCGAUGGGAGGCAUGUGGCUGUACGACAACUGGACGGCCGGCAGAAAGGCGCCUACGCUGCGAUGGAGGCUUAUGGUAUGCUGGUGCGUGUUUGUUAUUGUAUCAGGCACAUUUCUCAUGAUUGCAGGCACGUAUGGUGCACUGGUUGGCAUUGUUGACUCAUAUAACAAGGUGGGAGGUUCAGCUGCCUGGUCGUGCGCUGACAACUCUGGCUCAACGUAGCAGAUGCGUGUUGAGUACAGUAGAAAAAGCCCUUAUAUCUAGUUCAAUCUGAAAAAAUGGUAUAAUUUUU